GUUUUCUUUGACUGGCGGCAACGCCAUCAUAACAACGGAACGUGAAAGCUGAGUUACAGUAUGGUACUUCCACUGUAGUUUUAUUCUGGUUGCGUUGAUACCGUUCGCCAACUGCGCAUCUCUCAGACCUACGCCCAAAUGUACUGUAUCUUAAAGCACUGUAAUUAUUCAUUAGGAUGUGUGAAAUUUCCCUUUCGCCAAAGUUUUUUAAAAGUAGGUUUAGUAAUGUCCUAUAUUACCAAACUAACGGUUUUGAAAUAUUCUACUUUCAUUUCCUACUUCUAAUUGUAACUUCAUGCCCAGUAGCUUAAAUAAAUAAUAUCCGUUGUUAAGCAACGCCAUGUCUGAGGCGGAGUAUGGAAAAGUAUGUCUUUUUUCCCGCAAACAGGAAUUACGCAGUUUCUCGCCUAAAUUCUAGUGCUGUGUGUAAGAAGGUUUGGGAAGCUUUAACUUUCAGAAUGUCAGGAAUAGCGUCCACGCUUGCCAAAAAGAGGGCAUUGGCCGCGGGCUUUGGGACGAAUUCUAAUGCAGUGAAAUACUUAAAUCAGAACUUUGAAACUUUGAGAAAUGAGUGCCUAAGCCGUGGGCAGCUCUUUUGCGAUCCUACAUUUCCUGCUAUAGCAGAAUCUUUGGGAUUUAACGAACUCGGCCCACGAUCAUCCAAAACUAGAGGCGUUCAAUGGAAAAGACCCGGGGAAUUGACUUCCAAUCCAGAAUUUAUUGUUGGAGGAGCAACACGAACUGAUAUCUGUCAAGGCAGCUUGGGUGACUGCUGGCUCCUGGCAGCAAUUGCCUCACUCACGCUUAAUGAAGAUGUAUUGUCUCGGGUGGUACCAUCAGAUCAAGGCUUUGGAGAUAACUAUGCUGGCAUUUUCCACUUCCAGUUCUGGCAGUUUGGGGAGUGGGUGGAUGUGGUGGUUGAUGACCGGCUGCCUACCAGAGAUGGAGAAUUGCUGUUUGUUCAUUCAGCCACAGGCUCAGAGUUCUGGAGUGCUUUGCUGGAGAAGGCUUAUUCUAAGCUAAAUGGAUGUUAUGAAGCUCUCUCUGGUGGUUCUACAACUGAGGGCUUUGAAGACUUCACUGGAGGGAUAGCUGAGAUGUAUGAACUAAGAUCUUCUCCGUCAAACCUGUUCCAGGUUGUCAGAAAGGCACUGGAGUCUGGCGCACUUUUAGGGUGUUCCAUAGAUAUCACAAGUGCAGCAGACUCUGAGGCCAUAACCUAUCAGAAGCUUGUGAAGGGACAUGCUUACUCACUGACUGGGGCCACUGAGGUGAACUACCGGGGUCGCAAAGAGAAACUUGUCCGAGUGCGUAACCCAUGGGGUCAGGUGGAGUGGACUGGAGCCUGGAGUGACAACUCCUCGGAGUGGAAUUAUGUGGAUGCCUCUGAGCGAGAGAAUGUGAAGGCUGAGGACGGAGAGUUCUGGAUGUCAUUCUCUGACUUUAUGAAGCAUUAUUCCCGCCUGGAGAUCUGCACUUUGACUCCAGACACCCUUACCUCUGACUCUGUGAAGCACUGGAGUGUGAAUAAAUUUGAUGGUAGCUGGAGGAGGGGGUCCACAGCAGGAGGCUGCAGGAACCACCCUUACACAUUCUGGAUGAAUCCGCAGUAUAAGAUUAAGCUGGAGGAGGAGGAUGAUGAUCCUGAUGAUAAUGAGGUUGGCUGUAGUGUAGUGAUUGGCCUCAUCCAGAAGAACCGGCGCAAGCUGAGGAAAUCUGGGGAAGACAUGCAUACCAUUGGUUAUGCCAUCUAUGAAGUCCCUCCUCAGUUUCACGGGCAGAAGGAUGUCCACCUCGGUAAGGAAUAUUUCCUAACCCAUGCCCAGAAAGCUCGUUCUGAGACCUUCAUCAAUCUGCGAGAAGUCAGCACCCGUUUCAAGCUGCCUCCUGGGGAAUACCUCAUUGUUCCCUCCACUUUUGAGCCACACAAGAAUGGAGAUUUUAGUGUUCGUGUGUUCUCAGAGAAACAGUCUGAAAUGAAAUCAUGUGAUGAUCCUGUGCAGGCAGACUUUGAAGAUGAGACUGUGUCAGAGGAUGAGGUUGAUGCUGGCUUUAGGGGUCUAUUCACAAAGCUGGCAGGAGAGGACAUGGAGAUUUCUGCAUCUGAGUUGAGGACUAUAUUCAAUAAAGUAGUCAGCAAAAGGACAGAUAUUAAAACAGAUGGCUUUAGUUUAGAUACCUGCAGAGUCAUGGUGAAUCUCAUGGAUGACAGUGGUAAUGGAAAGCUAGGAUUAACUGAGUUUGCCACACUAUGGAAGAAAAUUCAGAAAUAUUUAGCCAUCUACAAGAAGAAUGAUAUAGAUGGAUCUGGCUCCAUGAGCACACCAGAGAUGCGUAUGGCUUUAAACGAAGCAGGCUUCACUCUGAACAACAGUAUUCACCAGAUUUUGGCUGUGCGAUAUGGUGCGGAUGACAUAACCAUUGACUUUGACAACUUUGUUUCCUGUGUGAUCCGCCUGGAGAUGAUGUUCAAAAUCUUUAAGAAGAUUGAUAUGGAUAAAAGUGGAUUAAUUGAGUUGGACUUAAAUCAGUGGCUGUCAUUCUCCAUGAUCUAGAGGAACACCAGGAAUGUUCAAACUUUUUUUUUCCGUUGAAACUGAACGAACUUACAUGUACACUAAUCUAAAUGUGUUUGUUUAAUAAUGUAUGCACCCAUGAAAACAUACAAUGUCUACUCAUUAUUUGAUGCUGUAGGAACUGAAUAAAUGUUGCUUUUCGUUUGUGAA